UUCCGUUCGCCGCAGGGAAGCAGUAGUUGGUAGACAUGGACUUUUUCUGACGCCGAAUUGUCUCUCUAAUGGGGAUAAAAUGGUUCUUCCAUUCGAACGGCAGCCUCUCUUACACAAGAGAUACGCUUCUCUCUCUUCUCCAGAGCUCACACGGUUCUCUCAAGGCGAAAGCGGCGAUGCGUCGAGAGGAGACGAGUAUGCGAAUUUUCUCAAGUCAUUAGCAAAUGGAGAACGGCAAGAUGUUGGGGUGUCAAGACCUAAGCCACUUGCUGGAAAGCAAGGCCGAUCAUCGCCAACAACAAAAGACCCAAAGCAGGCUAAAUAUAGGUUGUCACCAAACAGAAGUGAUGGUCUGCUUCAUGUAACAUUAACUGCAAAACAAAAUAUACAGGAACACCAGAAAAAGAUGAGAGUUAUUGAGGAUCAUAUGCUGCAACAUAAACAAGAGGAAAGAGAACUGAAACGUUAUGAAGGAGAUAUCAUUAAGAAACAGCAUCAUCUCAGAAGAACCAUGGCAGAAUAUGAAAACAGUAUUUACAAAAAAGUGAGAGGUGAAGAAAGUAAGCUUAGUGAGAACAAUCAGGGCGUGGAAAGAGUUAAACAGCAACAUGCCAUACAGGAGGACAAAGUCAACAAGGCAAGAACUGAGAGGAACAUGUCUGCUAUUGUGAAAUUUAAAGACAAAGAUAGGAAGGAAGGAUUAAACCUGGGUGAAGUGGAGUUUCAGUACAGUAAAACAGCCAAGCAACUAGAGCUGACUCGUACAGAAAUCUUUUCACUAACUCAGCAGUUUGAAGAGAAUCUGAAAAGAAUAGAGGAAAGGGGAUUUGAAUUGAAAAAGAGUUUGGCUGAGCUUGCCAUUGCAGCAAACAAGAUGGCGCUGAAAAAGAGAACACAACAAACGGAUGAUGACAGAUAUGUAAAGGACACAAGCAUCAAAGAUAUUCAGGAUGACAGACGACGUAAACAAAGCUUGACAGAAAAACUCAAAGGUAUAGAAAACCAAGGACUUAAACAUGAAUACGGCAAGCGGCGUUUGAGCAGGGACUUGAUGGUCUCCAAAGACAUGUUGUCCUUAAAGUCAAGGGAAGAGGGUAGAAAGAUGACCGAUAUUAAUCGUAGGCUUCAACACAAUUCCGUCAGCCAAAAGCAAGCUAAGCAAGCGGCAGAAUAUCUGGAACUUGAUCGACAAGGAAAAGAGAUUGAGGAACGAGGCCAGUUUGCCGAGGCUCGCAGAAGCCACCAGAUUGAGCAGCUGACAAGGGAAAGAAGACAGCAACACUCGCAGCAGAUGACUGAGUGGAAGAAACGUUACUUAGAAAAACAGAACGAGGCCACUCGGCGUGCCCAUGAAGACAGCGUCAAACAUCUACAGAAAAUUGUGAACAAGAUGGAGGAAACAGAGCAUGCUCUGUACAAUCGAGUACGUGCCGCUGAAAUGCAACGCCGAAAACAAGAACAGGACGUACAAAGAAUCUUUGUCGAAUUGGAGCAACUGUCCAAAGAAAACCAGAAGAAAAUGAGGGAAACCCAGGAACAGUUUGGCCGAAAGAAGGUUGAGUUGGAACAGAAGCUCUUACGAGAGAAAGCUGAACUAGCAAAGGCCCACAAUCAGCGGGAAGAAAGCAUCCAAAGGUUACUACACCACAGAGCGAAGAUGAACGGCGACAAAUACUUACUGUCUGAGGAAGAAAGGGAGCAUGAUCGUCUCGCCAAGAUCGGGCAAAGAACAGACAAUUUGGAGCAGGAAGUUCAUUCAUGAAUACCGCCAGUAGUCUCUGCCGAGCCUACGCAGCAGAAGCUCGCCAAGUGCGCGAGUUACAAGUGAGCGAAAGAGAAGCACUCGUCGUGUACGCCAUAACCUCUUUCCCGCGCGUGUCGCUCCAAAUAGCUUGCGCAAGGUUGAGUCGAGUGUCUGCCACGUAGGCUAAGGUAGCGUUAGACUGAUUAGCGUGAUGUGUUGCUUUAAUGCGCAUUUGAUGUUAAUUUGUAGGUACUAGUUUUUAAUACAUGUAUGAGUGAUUUUGAAGAUAGGCUGAAGGUAUUCCUCGCAAUCGGGUGGGCUAUGUUAGUUUCCUUCCCUUUAUAAGUAUCGCUCGAUACGCUCUAACGGCAGACCCUUAUUUUCCUAUCUAACAAUACAUUAACGUUUUAUUUUGUUCCAGUUUAUUUCAGUAUUUGUUUUUGCUUAUUUGUAUAAAAUUUUUUGCUUAUUUUUUUUUAGUCAAAGGUCUCCUAAAACUCGUCUUAUAUACAACAGAAGGUUGGCAAUAUUGACUGUAUCAGGAAGCUAGAGAGGCAGUUGCUAGGUUAGUUCAGUUUAAGCGAGAGAAGAUAAAGUUCUAAGUUACACUCAGAGGUAGGUAUAUCAGGUAUAACUUGUAAAAUCUUUUUGUGAGCUCAAGGCAAUGUUCCUGAACAUUCUCAAAAUAACUAUAUAUAGUAUUCAUAAAAUGAUUGGUAUCACGUUCUUAUUACAGCAAGGCUUCACUUGACAAUUUUCCACGUAAAAAACUUCGCUCUCGGCUUAUAAGAUGUGAAUGCACGCUGCAUGUUUCAACUUCACGUGAGUUCUGUCUCUGGUAAUCAUGUCAGGGCUAGGAGUCUUGAGAGAAGUGUUGGUUGACUUAAGUUGAAUUAUUUUUGAAUUCACAACAUAUUAUGGAAGAAACCGCAUUAUUUUUCUUAUCUUUUGAAAAGUAAAAAGUUUCUAACUUCUUUAUUUGAGAUUUCAAAGAUUUCGUCUAAACUUUAGAGAAUAUUCCUCAAACUUUUUGAAAAAUUAGAGUGCGGACGCCGCUAUUUUUAGAGAAACUCAUUGAUCUGAUUGUGCACACAUGAAGUAUUACUCAUGCUUAGCCGGGUAGGCCCCAAACAGCUGCUGCACCAGCCAUUGCUAAAAAAAUCUUUAUCUGGUUAAAAAACGCCAUAUGUGGGACCUAAUUGUUUAAACAGAUAGGAAGGUUACUUUUUUGGAAUAACAAAAUGCGAAAUGUGCGCAAAUUUCAUGCGUGGUUUUAAUAGCAGAUUUACAGUGGCAUGGUUUCUGGGGCAUGUUUCUACCUUGAAUAACACUAUAACGCCUUACUAAGUUUGAAAAAGCAUAUUGAUCAAAUUAAUAAGAAAUUUAUGAAUUUUACAGGUGGAUUAGGGCAAGUGAGUGUUUUGAAUUGUCUUAUGCCUUCUAAAGAAGGUUUCUCUUAUGUUAGCAGGUCGAUUAGCUUUAAUAAUUUCUAAAUCAUUGUUGUAAAGUGAAGGGUGGCUUUCGCGCUCAGUUGUUGUUUUGACAAAAAAUACCUCUGUAAGGUGAGUGCUGUGGAGAGGAAGCAUAGGAAUAAUUUCUCAGCAUUAGGCGUGAAUGAAGCCUGUGAUAGCGGAAGGGAACGAAGUGCACGAAGAAGAUUUUUGGAUUAUGUACAAAAAAUGAAAGCAAUGUAAACAAAAUUUAAUUCUGAGCUUUGCACGACAGGUGUCGAUUUUAGUCAUGUAAUGUAAGUAAGAGUUUAUAUUUUACUGAAAGAUGUGCUAGGUUUAUGCAAUUAGAGCGCUUAGAUUCUGAUACGAUUACAACCGCGAGUUCGAGGUUUUCUAGUUUUUAAACAGUGAGCAUGCGUGAACAAGUGUUUAUAAAGCGGAAUAAUUCAAUAAUGAACUAGUUUGUGGGAAAAUGUUGUAGUGUAAAAAACAAGAUACAGGACACGUUAGCGGUUUUACAGUUUUACAACCUGAGAAAGGCUCAAUUUCCUCCAUUGAUUAUAGGCAUGUUAGUAUUUCGCUCUUCACUUGACGUCAAAUCUUCUUGUAAUCAAACUCUUCUUACAAUCUCAAGGCCUCUAAUGGUGUUUGUUAUGUCCUUUCUGGAAAAUGGGUAGGGAAAAGGUUAUGAUUUUGAUAUCGAGUGAUAUUGAGUGGAUUAAAAUGUGUGAUAUUUACACACCUGUGAAUAUUUCAAGUAAAUUAUUAUUGUUUUAUUUUUGUAAGAAGUGGCUUGGAAUUUUUAUUCAAGGGGUUGGGUCAGACUGUUUUAGUGCAUGGUCGUGACAUGCUUUGAAAUGUCAAAAUCACAAAUUGAGAUGGAAAGAAAAAACUUCAACAGCUUGUCUCAUUACAGGCUUCAUGUUUGGUAAGCAAAUGCUUAUUACAUUGGUUGAUUGUCGAAGCCGCAAUAAUGGAUUGGUAAGAUCGGGGAAAGGCUGGAGCGAACUUGUCUGUUCUCAUCACUACCACCCCCCUCUAGAAACCGUUUUUUCUCGCCCUAGAUAUUCCCUUACCUUACAACUGCGAUAAAGCGGCCUGAGCUCUCAAUUGGACCAUUCAUAACCUGCGUGUCCAAAGUAACCAUUCUGGUAGCUAAUAAAUCAAUUCAAGAGAGCUUAAUCUCUUUUGAUCAACUACUUUAACAAAAUGAGUACAGAUAAGGUCUUCUUGAGCAACGAAGAAAGUUUCUCUUUAUUUGAGCUCAUCAUAAAGUUGUGUGGUACUGAUUUGAUAAGUAAAGGCGACAUGAAUGCUAUCUCACUGGUCAGAUAAAGAC